CUCAGCGCGAUGCCGAGCGCGAUGGAGGCCGGUGGGGCCCUACUGGAGCGCGUAGCCGCCGGCAGCCCCCUGUCCCUGGCGCUCGCCGCCUCCGCCUUCGCGCUCAGCCUCGGCUUCCUCUUCCAGCGGGGCUACCGGCACCGCCGCGGCGCGGGGCAGCGGAAAUACCCACCUUAUAUUUCAUCAAGCAUCCCUUUCCUUGGACAUGCAAUCGCAUUUGGAAAAAGCCCCAUUGAAUUUCUGGAAAAUGCUUAUGACAAGUAUGGACCUGUGUUCAGUUUCACUAUGGUUGGCAAGACAUUCACAUACUUACUGGGUAGUGAUGCUGCUGCUCUCCUCUUCAAUAGUAAAAAUGAAGAUUUGAAUGCAGAAGAUGUAUACUCUCGGUUAACUACACCGGUUUUCGGCAAGGGAGUUGCUUAUGAUGUCCCUAAUGCAUUAUUUUUGGAACAGAAGAAGAUGCUCAAAACUGGGCUAAACAUUGCCCAGUUUAAACAGCACGUAUCUGUGAUUGAAGAAGAAACAAAAGAAUACUUCAAAGCAUGGGGAGAGAGUGGAGAAAAAAACCUGUUUGAAGCCCUUUCAGAACUUAUUAUUUUGACAGCAAGCCACUGCUUACACGGGAAGGAAAUAAGAAGCUUACUGAAUGAGAAGGUGGCGCAGCUGUAUGCCGAUUUGGAUGGAGGUUUUACUCAUGCUGCCUGGCUUCUGCCAGGCUGGCUGCCUCUGCCAAGCUUCAGACGUCGAGAUCGAGCGCACAAAGAAAUAAAGAAUAUUUUCUACAAAGUUAUCCAGAGACGUCGGAAGUCUGAGGAAAAGGAGGAUGACAUGCUUCAAACUCUAAUUGAUGCUUCAUACAAGGAUGGCCGUCCACUGACAGAUGACGAAAUUGCUGGGAUGCUUAUCGGGUUGCUCCUAGCGGGGCAGCACACGUCCUCCACCACCAGCGCCUGGCUUGGCUUUUUCAUAGCCAGGGACAAAUCAAUACAGGAUCAGUGCUACGCAGAACAAAAAGCAGUUUGUGGGGAUGACUUGCCACCAUUAACUUAUGACCAGCUCAAGGAUCUCAGUUUGCUGGAUCGCUGUCUGAAAGAAACUUUACGACUUAGACCUCCUAUAAUGACCAUGAUGAGAAUGGCCAAAACUCCCCAGACAGUUGCUGGAUAUGAUAUUCCCCCUGGCCAUCAGGUCUGUGUAUCUCCCACUGUUAACCACAGACUCCGGGACUCCUGGAAAGAUGCUUUAGACUUCAAGCCUGACCGGUAUCUCCAAGAUAACCCAGCAGCUGGAGAGAAAUUUGCAUAUGUUCCAUUUGGUGCUGGCCGUCAUCGGUGCAUUGGAGAAAACUUUGCUUAUGUUCAGAUUAAGGCUAUUUGGUCUACUUUGCUACGUUUGUAUGAAUUUGAUCUCAUCGACGGCUAUUUUCCGACUAUAAAUUAUACAACAAUGAUACACACCCCUAAUAACCCUGUUAUCAGAUAUAAGAGGAGGUCACUGUAAAUUUUGGAGCUAAACUCUUACUUAUUUCAGUUGUGUAAAGUAACAGACUUUUGAAUAAAAUUGGACAAAGUGAAUGGCAAACGGAAACUGUUGCAGCUACUGCUAGGAAAGCAACAAUAACCUACCAACAACUGCCCAGUCUUUGCAUCUGUUUUGAUUGCCCACACUAUUUAAUCUUGCCCUGUAUAAUUUUUUGUUCUACAGAUUUCUCAUGGCAUUUUUUUAAAGAAAAGGUGUCUUUUCUAUUCGCGUAUCACCUUUAAGGUGCAUACCAGCUCUUUAAGGUGAAGAAAUAAGUAAUUUCUAUAAACAGAACUCUUUGCUUUUGAAAAGUGAUCGAGAACUGCUUUUCCCUGAAAGAUAGAGGGGAAGGCUGUGUACCGUCCCUCUGUAUCCAAUUACAGCACAUCCAUCAGGGAACAGGCACUGAGGGAGAAUGGAUGUGGUGGUGCCCUACUUUCCUGGUUCUGUAACAAGCAAGCUAGGUAUCAUCUUGACUGAAUUCUUGGAAGUGCCCAUGAGCCUGCAUAACAACCUGUUACUGUGCAGCUGAGUGGUCGGCAGGCUACACAGUCUUUUUCUGAGAAUUUUCUGAGAAUAAGCAAUUUAAAUGUCUAACUUGAAGCAGCUGUAAAAUGCUGAAGUUUAGAAAACAAUUUCUGGACUCAGUGAUCUCUGAAAGCUUGAUGUAAGUGUGAAAUUAACAAUAUGGUGCUACAAGCAACGUUAAUGUUGUAAAUAACAUGUUUGUGUACAAAACGGUCACAAUUUAUGUGAAAUAGCUGAAUGUUGUCCCCCUUGGUACUGAGUCAUGCAGGGUUGUUAAAUGGUGUUUGGUUCAAG